CUGAUAGGGGGCGCACCGGUCCAAAGCAGCCGCGGCUUACGGCAGACGCGUUACGUAAUUGAGCGCGACUUCCGGUGCGCGUACUGUUCUCGAUCCUCUCGAUUCUCUCGGGAUCCUUACCGUCUUUGCAGUUGUCGCUCGAAGGACGGACCCCUGCUAGCCGGCUCCUGCCCCCUUCGGAGGCCGAAGUGGCAGUCUCUAAGGUCAGAAAAGAAGUCACCUCAAGAUGCAUACACAUGUUCUAAUGGCCCGCUUUCCAAAAAGAUGAAACUGAAGAGAAGGGAAUCUAACAAUGGAGAUUCUUACCCUCAAAGUUGUUGCCACGUUUUGCCAGUAAGAAGGCAGGAAAAUGAUUUCAUUAGCAGCAUUGUGGGAACAUAUUUCCGCUCCAGUGGGUUCUGUGAGCAGGAUCUAGGGGUGAUCCACCUGGAGCUUAAAGACACACAGGAGGAGCAGGAGGAAGUGGAGUGGGAGCGGAAGUGGCUGCUGCGUUCAAACCAGAGCAGCCCCGCUCCCUCCGACAUUACCGCUGAUUCCUAUCAUUCGUGUCUAUGCCCGGAUGAUACACCAGAGGGCACCUGCUCCGGGCCCUGCUCUCCCGGCCAUGGGGCCCACAGCACCAAUAGUCUCUCCCCAUCUGCCGACUCUCCCACAGCGGUGUCUGCAGCCCAGCCGGCCCAAGCUACAGGUGCAUCACCAGUUAGCGCUGGCUCAGAUAUGCUACAAAGAAGCUUCUCUGAUGACCCUGCAUCUUGGUCCAUGGAAGAAGUGAUCCUGCUCCUGAAACAAAAAGAUCCUCAGAUAUCAGGCCUCCUCGCUGACAUCUUCAGGGAACAUGUAAUGUUGGAGGGACCAGUGCAUCUUUUGAUCUGGUUUUCCUGCCGUAAUGUCUUUGAAUGACCUGUGCGCAGGCCCUUCAGUUGGAUGCUCCUUAGUGUGGAUGGUGGGGAAGCCCUACCACCUGAUUUUUCCAUUUGUGAGAAACGUUGCUUUUCCCAGGGCUAGAUCCUUAAAUGGUGGAGGCUGGAUCUGUGCUUUAAGUGGGUGCCUGCCUGCAUACCUAAAAUCCUAUAAGCCUUCAAGUUCUCAAGAGAAGGUGAUUCGGCAUAGCCACUCUCGGGUGUCUUCUCCUUGUAACAGCAGCUACAAGGAUCCUCCUUCCCACCUGCUCCCUGCUCGGCCCCAGGAUGUGAGUGGGAGGGGGGUGACCGCAAGCUGUGACAGGGUGUCCUCCUUGUUAAUGACACCCGGUGAAUCCAGCAGCGGAUUACGUUUGGCUCCGUUCCUUUAACCUUAUAUGGUUAUCGACACAUUGGGAUGCUGAUACUCUCAGACUAUUUACAAAGAAACAUCGUGGCCUUAAUUUUUACAAGUUCUACUUUCUUGAAAUUCUGGCUUUAGUUAGUAGGAAACAUAUGGAAGCUGCCUGACAAAGAUAGUACUUUAAGGGAAGUCAGGUCUCUUCAGACAGUGAUUUACGUUUCUGCAGUUUUGUUUUUAACUCAGAACUGGUGAAAUCCAAAUAACAUGCUUCAGUAGCAUCACUUGGUCAAUUAAUAUGAUAAAGAAAUUUAGGAGGAUGCCUUGUGACUCCCAAGUAAUAUUUUUAUAGUGUUUCCUAAUGAAUAAAAUUGGUGGCCACAUAUCUGAUGUACCCUUUUCACGAUGGUAAAAAAAUCAGUAAAUUGUUUCUGCAUCUAAUUAGCAUCAGGUAACUAAUUAGUUUUCAACAUCAAGACAACACUGUACAUAGAGCACAUGUAUAGUAUGUACUGAUGCUGACAUACUAAUAUUCCCAGCCCCUCUACAAAAGUUAAAGACCAUCUGAAAUUCCUUUCUAUCUUUCAUAGUUUUCACUCUUUUUGUCAUACCUGUGCAACAUUUCAUUCAUCACAUUGUAUUUAGUAUUUAAAAUGAGGUAGUGUGAAGCAUGGGCCAUUUCUAAGAGACUAGAUUAAAUUUUUCUUAGUUUGCAGUAAAUGUACAGAUGAUCAAAUGGUGCUUCACUGCACAAAGUAUAGAUUUUUAGCAGUCUUUAUCAAGCAGAUGCAGAUUCAGAAUACAUCUGGAGUGAACUGCUCUGUAAUCGGUGUUUACAUGUUCUUACAUACAAAGAAAUAGCCUUUCUGAUAGACUAUGGAAGCAUCAUUAACUAUUAUAAUUUCCUUCUCUGUGCUGGACAUUGAUGGGAAAGCUCUGCUACUCCUCAAGUUUGACGUGAUGAUAAGGUACAUGGGGCUGAAGCUGGGGAUGGCCCUGAAGCUGUGCCACUACAUUGAAAAGCUUCAGGAGGAACAUCACCUCGACAAGUGAAAGCAUGUUUCUGUAGAUUUAGGUUGGAUGUAGUUGUGGGGAGACCAGUGCAUCUUGGUGUAUGAUCAUUUCUCUGCCCUUAGCGAUUUUCGUUGUGUAGAAGUUUCCUCUAAAAAUAUGUUACCUCCAGAAUUGCAUCAAAUUGGUAGUUUGUUCUUUACAUCUUUUUAUUACUUUCAUUGUAUACUUUACAAAUAUGCUUCAUGCAGGAAACAGAGAAAGAACUUUGGUUUCAGUUCAUGUUUAUACAUAGAACCAAAGCAGCUGAAUCCCAAAGGGGAGAUUAAUCCCUAAUUCUUUUGCUGACAAGUUCUCUAAUGAAAUCCAUGAGAAGUUCUCCCUAAAGAUGCAGCUAUAGGUAGAUAUCAUCUUUCUCAAAUAUUUUAUGUCAGCUACUGCACUGUCCUGUUGGUGCUCUACCAGUUUCCCCAAAGGGAAUGGACAUAUAAAUCCCUUUCAUUCCUCUGACUAUGUCUCUGUAUGUUGUUAUUUUUUCUUCUUUAAAGAAAAAAAACUAUAAGCUUUCCUGAAGUGUUCUUACCAGUGUUUUAAUAAAUUAUAAGAAAAAGUAGUUGUUUUACUCAAAAAGUAUUAUACUAUCCAGGUGGUUUGGAGGGAGCCUGGUAGCUCUUUUUAGUUAAGUACCUCGUAUUUUGAAACUUCCGUAUCUUGCCUAAGCUUUGACAUUUAAGUAGGCAUUCAUUGCUCCCAUCCCUCCCUAAAGUUGCAUAUGUCCAAUUGUUUAAAAGGCAAGUAAUUUACUGUGUGUUUAUUCCUCGUGUGGAUACUCCUUCAUAUUUAUCUUUUAUUCUAUACCUGAAGUAUACACAGAAGUAAAUCUUUUUUUCAUUUAAAAUGGCACACUUUGCUCUUCCACAGAGGUAAAGAUUACAUACAGCGAGAUGCGUUUUUUCGUUAAACAUACGCACAUCCUUAGCCACCACUGGGACCUCUCUCCUCACUCUUCAGAGUUUCCACGCAGGGAGGUUCUCUGUCUUGAGCAAUGUUUCUAAUUUGCUUUCUGAGCCGUUUAUCCUACUAAACGUUGGGAAGAAUAUUUUGAUUUGUCAUUGUGCUCUUUAUUUUUAAAAUGAGAACUUUUAAGUGAAACAUGUUCAUUGUUAUUAUUUUGUUAUAAUUACAUUGCUAUAUAACAUAAAGUGUUACUGUUUAUAAGCUAUGAGAAUUGGUGCCACCGUAUUAGCCAUGUGUUAGAAAUACCAACGAAAUCUUCACCAAGACCAAGAAUGUAUAUUUUCUUUGUAGAAAAACACGUGUGCUUCAUAAGCAAAUGCAACUAUUGAUUGGGCAUAAAGAGUGGUUUCAUUUAUGUUAUGUUUUAUCCUACUCAUUUGUGUUAUUCCUUAUAAAACAAGAUUCUAAUUUAAACUUGGGCUUUUUGUCAAAUUUUUGUGUGAAGAUACUGUGUCCAGCUGAACAGACCUCAGGUGCUUGUGUGGAUAAUACAUUUUACAGUUCUCAGAUUUCAAAACACAAUAAAGUUGAAUAAGCACAACAAUUAGUGUAAACCUCAGAUUUGACUUUACUUGCCUUCAGCACAGCAUCAGCAUAUCAAUGUAUGAGUUUAUUAGAGUUGAGAAACCAGCAGUCUAGUUAAACUCUGGGGUUUUAUGUCCAAGUACUUGAGAGUUAACGCUUGCCGUCAUUCUGUGGGUGGACAGAUUCCUGGGAGCAAAGGACUGGUCUCUUGUAGGGGCCUUAAUG